CUGUUUAUAACAAGUAGUGUCUUCACAGGUUGCUAAGUAAAUUCAUCGAACAGUAGUAUCGUUAGUUUUUACCGUUAAAAAAGGUCAUAUCGAAAUGGCAGAACUCAGUUAUGUUCGAAAUCCUUACCCUCUACCGGAUUUAUACCCUCGCGAAGGUGUGUGGACGAAGAAGCCCGUACUAGGUAGUAAAGUUUCGCCAAAGGACCUGGAAUGGAGUAGAAAGUUAAACGUGUACGAGCGUCUCUUUGCGCAUCACACGUUAACCAGUAUAAGAAAAGAUUGUAGACUUCAGAGAAAAGAGGUACCGGAGGACUCUUUGGAUUUGGCACUUUCGACCGUAUACAUUCAUAGCAAAGACACUCUCGUGCCGAAAUCCUAUAUCCCUGUGCAACCAGAAACGUUGGGAAAGAAAACGUGGCGUGUUUUAAAGAAUAAAGUCGAGAUUUACAGAGAGCCGGACAUCCCUGAGGAGAUGAAAGAGCCAGUGACCUUGUUCGUGAAAGAAGCGGAGUGUUAUUAUGGCCCUGUGCCAGAGAGACGAGUCCAUCCGAGUAGCGUGAAAUUAAAUAUCACCGCACCUCACUCAGUUCAAUCUAAUCCCGGAUACAGUCGCAAAAUCGACGGAACUUUUUACACAUUUUGAUAAAAAUACAUUGCAGAAAACAAUUUUGCUGGAAUGGAAUAUAUUUAUUAUUAUAUCAGAUGAGAAGUCUUCGUACAAAACAAAUACGCACAAUAAUUAUGGGCCUCAAAUAAAA